AUGCCUCGCAUACCACAGAAGGCUCAGACGGACGGAUCAACGGCCUUUGAGCCCGACAAGUUCUUCGAAGCAUGGAGUAAAGAAGAGAUCACGCCGCCAUACGACAACAACUUCCGACGCUUCAUUAUCCGUUCGUUCGGCCUACCAUAUGACGAUGACUACGGCUACCAAGCAACGACCGAGGUGACACUGUUGCAAGCUCAGACGUACAUCGAAUUCGGAGCACAGGGUGGAUUACAUGCCUGGUACAAGGAUGAAGAAGGCAAAGAGAGACCUCAAGCACCGACGGCUACCGAUAUAGCAGCGUAUACAGACAUAUUCCGACCUACGACGAGCACCAGCAAAGCAUUGAACGCACUAGCAUCGAAUGCGAAGAAGGAAUCGAUACGUGCAGAUGUUGCCAAACACCUUCAAGCUUUCUAUGAGCCUCCGUCCGUUGACCGAGGGUUGGCUGUGAACAAGAACAAGAAUCAUGUCAACCCAUACUUCGAUGUCUGGGCUUGGACAAACCAGAAUAUCGAAUGGGCUGGUCCUGAAGCCGGCACUGCUAGGGUCCGGCAUUCACAUGCCAUUCUUCCCAUCUUAUACCACCACUUCGGAUGCGUUUGUCCUUCAUACGAGGGCUUGGCUCUGAUAUCACAGCUCGCUAAAGGCAGGACUAUCGUGGAUCUGGGCAGCGGUAACGGCUACUGGACGUACAUGCUCCGGAGGCAAGAGCAGGGCAAGAGGAAGCUCAACGUCGUACCAGUCGACAACGGGAUGAGUGAAUGGAGGACAGUCUGGAUCGACGACACUGUGGAGAUGGAUGGUACGAAGUGGUUGAAGCAACAGCAAGGCGCUCCAGAUACGCUGCUGUUGCUUGUUUACCCUAAUACUGGUGAUGACUUUACUGGCAAAAUGAUCAAAGCCUACCGUGGCUCUACCAUCAUCGUUGCCGGUUCACAGAACACAUCUGGCUUUACUGGGUUUGCCAAGGAGACGGUCGCUGAGUGGAUGCAGCGAGAAAUGCCAGACUGGCAGAAGGUUUUACAGAUACCGCUUCCGAGCUUUGCCGGCAAGGACGAGGCGCUGUUUGCCUUCGAGAAGAAGGCCUAG